ACAAUAGGAAACAGAGAGCAUUUGGGAAUGGGAUGGGGAGCACCAAAGGCCUGGGGGUGAUGGUGCCUUUGCUCCUUGGGAGGGGACAGACUGCCUGCUGUGGGCACAUGCUCUUAGGGCUGAGGGCUUCUAAAGCUGAGGCAAGCUUUCCCUUUUGCCAUCUGUGUUUGGCUGCUCCAUUUGUUUCCUGGUGCCCAGGCCGCCCCGAGCCAUACUGGGCUAUCAUGCACAUACUCUAGAGGUUUUGCAGAAUGAAGCAGGUGUGGAUAAGAAAUGGAUGCCAGCUGCUAUGUGUUUUAAGGAAUUGGAACCAUGACGGACUCCAAAUACUUCACAACCAAUAAAAAAGGAGAGAUUUUUGAACUGAAGGCAGAACUCAAUAAUGAAAAGAAAGAGAAGAGGAAAGAAGCUGUAAAAAAGGUUAUUGCAGCCAUGACUGUGGGGAAGGAUGUCAGCUCACUCUUCCCAGAUGUUGUGAACUGUAUGCAGACUGACAACUUGGAGCUGAAGAAGCUGGUGUACCUGUACCUGAUGAACUAUGCCAAAAGUCAGCCGGAUAUGGCCAUUAUGGCUGUAAACAGCUUUGUGAAGGACUGUGAAGAUCCAAACCCUCUGAUCCGUGCUCUGGCAGUCCGUACGAUGGGAUGCAUCAGGGUGGAUAAGAUCACAGAGUAUUUGUGUGAGCCUCUCCGCAAAUGUCUGAAGGAUGAAGAUCCUUAUGUACGGAAGACUGCAGCUGUCUGUGUGGCAAAGCUACAUGACAUCAAUGCCCAGAUGGUGGAAGACCAAGGAUUUCUGGAUUCUCUGCGUGACCUGAUUGCAGACUCCAAUCCCAUGGUGGUAGCGAAUGCUGUCGCUGCCUUGUCUGAGAUCAGUGAAUCACAUCCCAACAGCAACCUGCUGGAUUUGAACCCUCAAAACAUCAACAAGCUGCUGACGGCUUUAAACGAGUGCACAGAGUGGGGCCAGAUCUUCAUCCUGGACUGUCUGUCCAACUACAAUCCCAAAGAUGAUCGUGAAGCUCAGAGCAUUUGUGAACGGGUAACCCCUCGGCUGUCUCAUGCCAACUCGGCGGUGGUGCUGUCAGCAGUGAAAGUCUUGAUGAAGUUCCUGGAGCUUUUACCCAAGGACUCUGACUAUUACAACAUGCUACUAAAGAAACUUGCCCCUCCACUGGUUACCCUGCUGUCUGGAGAGCCUGAAGUUCAGUAUGUUGCCCUGAGGAACAUCAACUUGAUUGUGCAGAAAAGGCCUGAAAUCCUGAAGCAGGAAAUAAAGGUGUUCUUUGUGAAGUACAAUGACCCCAUCUAUGUCAAGCUGGAGAAACUGGACAUCAUGAUCCGCCUAGCUUCUCAAGCAAACAUUGCUCAGGUCCUGGCAGAACUCAAGGAAUAUGCCACUGAGGUGGAUGUUGACUUUGUGCGCAAGGCCGUCCGAGCAAUUGGGCGCUGCGCCAUCAAGGUUGAGCAAUCUGCAGAGCGCUGUGUGAGCACGCUGCUAGAUCUCAUCCAGACCAAGGUCAACUAUGUGGUCCAGGAGGCCAUUGUGGUCAUCAGGGACAUAUUCCGCAAGUACCCCAACAAGUAUGAAAGCAUCAUUGCCACUUUAUGCGAGAACCUAGAUUCUCUGGAUGAACCCGAUGCCAGAGCUGCCAUGAUCUGGAUAGUGGGUGAAUAUGCAGAAAGAAUUGACAACGCAGAUGAGCUGUUAGAGAGCUUUUUGGAGGGCUUCCAUGAUGAAAGUACCCAGGUGCAGCUCACACUGCUGACUGCUAUAGUGAAGCUGUUCUUAAAAAAGCCUUCUGAGACAAAAAAACUGUUUCAGGAGGUCCUGAGCCUGGCCACACAGGAUUCUGACAACCCAGACCUGCGGGAUCGUGGCUACAUCUACUGGCGCCUUCUUUCCACGGAUCCGGUCACUGCCAAAGAAGUGGUCUUAUCAGAAAAGCCUCUUAUUUCUGAAGAGACCGAUCUGAUUGAGCCGACUCUGUUAGAUGAGUUGAUCUGCCAUAUUGGGUCUCUAGCUUCUGUGUACCACAAACCACCCAAUGCUUUUGUGGAGGGAAGCCACGGGAUCCACCGCAAACAUUUGCCAAUUCACCAUGGAAGCACUGACGCAGGAGAUAGCCCCGUGGGCACAACUGCCGCUACAAACCUGGAGCAGCCACAGGUCAUUCCAUCACAGGGCGACCUUCUGGGUGACCUUCUGAACCUGGAUCUGGGACCCCCGGUGAAUGUUCCCCAAGUGUCCUCCAUGCAGAUGGGUGCUGUGGACCUCCUGGGAGGAGGACUGGACAGCUUGCUUGGCAGUGACCUUGGCGGGGGCAUUGGAGGAAGCCCGGCAGUGGGGCAGACCUACAUUCCCUCUUCUGUGCCAGCAACCUUUGCCCCUUCACCUACCCCAGCGGUGGUGAGCAGUGGACUCAACGAUCUCUUUGAACUCUCAUCUGGUAUAGGCAUGGCCCCGGGAGGAUAUGUGGCUCCAAAGUCUGUUUGGUUGCCUGCAGUGAAGGCUAAAGGACUGGAGAUUUCGGGCACGUUCAGUCACAGGCAAGGACACAUCUACAUGGAGAUGAACUUUACCAAUAAGGCUUUGCAGCACAUGACUGAUUUUGCCAUUCAAUUUAACAAGAACAGCUUUGGGGUCAUCCCAAGCACCCCACUGGCCAUUCACACACCUCUGAUGCCAAACCAAAGUAUUGAUGUCUCCCUGCCUCUCAACACCCUGGGACCAGUCAUGAAAAUGGAGCCUCUGAACAACCUACAGGUAAGGAUUAAGUCCAACAUUGAUGUCUUUUACUUCAGCUGCCUAAUUCCUCUCAACGUGCUUUUCGUAGAGGAUGGCAAAAUGGAGCGCCAGGUCUUCCUCGCAACAUGGAAAGAUAUUCCAAAUGAAAACGAGCUGCAGUUCCAGAUUAAAGACUGCCACCUGAAUGCCGACACUGUCUCCAGCAAACUGCAGAACAACAAUGUCUACACCAUUGCCAAGAGGAACGUGGAAGGUCAGGACAUGCUCUACCAGUCCCUGAAACUCACCAACGGCAUCUGGAUCUUGGCUGAGCUUCGCAUUCAGCCGGGGAACCCGAAUUACACGCUGUCUCUGAAAUGCCGCGCUCCUGAGGUGUCCCAGUACAUCUACCAGGCCUACGAUGCCAUCUUGAAGAACUGACGGGAGCUCGGUCUGUGCCUCAGCCUGCGGAAGGAGGAGGGAGCAAGGGGUCCCCCGAUCCUCCUCCGCCACGGGCGCGGGGAAAAGCACUCUACCUGGAAGCAGCCGUAUUCAUGUGUAGGAGUUCAGUCAAACGCACUGAUUAAACAAGGUAGCAAUUAGUAUCCACGUGCUAACGAUGAUAGGGAACAAACCCCUUUGAUAUUUUUAGCGUCCAUGGAAACUUUGUAACCACUGCUUCGACUACUGCCCGUCCCCCCCUUGCCUCUCACUCGUUGUCCGUUCUUGUGGGCUUCUCCAUUUUGUGCCAAUGUUCAGUGUUUUCUAAAUGGCUUUAGGCAUAGUUAAGAUUUUGUAAAAUACUGCUCGUUGGAAGAAAAAAAAAACAAGCGAAAGCCACACAUCUGCUCAUUAAAACAAGGCAAAAGUGUCGAAAACAUAUACUGCACUUUAUUUUAUAUUUUUAUACAUUUUUGAGUUUUUUUUUUAUUGGAAUUGGCUUAAAGGGAAAGCAAACCUAGGGAAGCGUUGGGAGCCCUGCAGGGAAACUGGGCUCUAGCAGGGUGAACACGGCCUCGAAGAACCAGGAACGGAGCCAUCGGUUUGGUCCGUGGAGGCGGACAAAGUCCUAAAGAGAGGGUUUUUUAUUACGCUUGUGCUGGCAGACUUGACUCUUGUUUUUGAUGAUGUGUUUUUACUCCAACCAUCUCCCUGGCUCAUUAGCUGCUGAUUUGAGAAGCGAGGCUUUUCGUGCGGGGGGAGGAGCGGAGGACCUAGACGGGACAGCAGAGGAUGAAACGAGGAGGGAAGCGAGCCCGCUCUUAGAGCGAGAGGCUCGUGCCAGCGCGUGAGGUACGGCCGCUGCGUCCUCACUCACCCCGAGCCCCUCUGCCUGCUCUUCCCCUGUGCCUGCUGCGGCCGACCUGCCCUUUCAGCCGUCCCUCGGGCUGUGCCAGCGCUGCCCUAACCGCAAGAAUCCCCCAGGCUCACGGUGGUAAAUCUGAACAUGGCGAUGCUGCUCCUCCGUUGGGGCCGGAGGCAUCGGCAGGGGCUCAGCCGCUGCUGGCAGGGUGCUAGGGAGAGCCAGCCCAGCUCCCCCCGUUCCUGGCUUGCCCACCCAAACCCAGGCUGUGUGGCAUGCUGGGGGGCAGCCCGGGCUUGGCACUGUUUGCGCCCUGCUUCCCCGCGUGCUUCGGUUCUGGGGCGAGCUGAGGGUCGAGCAGACCCUGGAAGCGAUUCUUCCCUUCCCAGCUCCCAGAGCUGGGUCUUGGCUUCCUGGGCCCGAAGGCACAAGUAAACGCGGGCCAGCCAGGGUCCCCCUCUGAGCCCCCUGCCCUGAGCUGCGCGGUACCCCGACCCCUCGCUCCCUGCCCCUCCGUAGGGCCAGGACUGCUUCCCCUUCCCAUGGCUGUGGCAUCACCAGGUUGCAACCGCUAAGCACUGCGCCGGCAGCAGCGAAAGCAAAGCCUCGUGCAUGCCCCUGCUCCGGCCAUUGCUUGUGCUGCCCAGAACGGCUUUGCUCCCCCCGGCGUGCUUGGUUUGACACUGUUUCCUCCCAGCAAGCAAAGCUCUCAGCUAUAGCACUCCCCAUGUUGUCUUUUUAGAUGCCAUAUCCAAGGUCAAUAACUUUUUGUUUAUUUAGGGUGGUGGGGGAGGAUGAUAGUUGCUCAGGGCUCUGAGCAACUCGGGGCCAGGGGAGACCCAGGUGGUACAGACAGAGCCCAAGUGAGGGUUGGGAUGGGAGAGGGCAGGAUAAGGGCACCUCCAUAGCAAGGCUUGAAGGUUGCAGAUAAGCAGCCAAGGCUGGGAAAAGGCCAAAAUGCCCUGUUUAUUCAGCCCUUCCCCUCCCUGAAGAAGAGAGGAGGCUCCAUCAGAGCUGGGAGCUGCAGGACCCCAAGGAGAUGGGGUCCCAGUGGAGGCAUCCCUGUGCUCUGGCUGGGGAAAAGGCAGGGCAGAGCCGGAGGAGCCCUUGAGCCCUGCCUGCCUGGGCUGGGAGAUGGUUUACUCCAAGCCUUGCCAGGAGUACCACAAAAUUCAUUAUUAGAGCAAUUAAUGAGGUGCUAGUUCACAUUGAGGGUCACGGAGGGAGGACAGGGAUGGUGCAAGGCUGCGUCAGGAAACAGGGAGGAGGUGGCAGAGGAUUGGAAAUGAACCCUUAAGUCCCGUUCUAUUAAACUAUGAUGUAGUUCAACCUGGGGAGGAUGCAGAGCACCCCCUUGCUUUGUCACACUUCUUCCUGGCCUUGUUUUGGGCACAUGGGUGUCUCUAAGCUGCAGGUAGGGGAGCUGCAGGGCAGAGCCUGGGCUCGUUCGGUGGCAUCUUGCUCUCCUCGUUUGGUUGUUUGCGGCGUAGUUGUGUUGCUCUUCAGGCUUUACCUGGCAUCCGUCUCAAUAAACCCAUUUCCACGAA